AUGACCUUGAGAAACAAUUGCAGGACUACGCUUUUUUACUUCCUGCUCUUGGCUUUCCUGAUCGGUUGUGUCGGCUCUUACUUUCCAACAUCGCAACUUCCCGCACUCAGGGUGCUUGAAGUUGAUCCGCUUCCGAGUUUGUACGAAGCCGACAUUGAUACUCUUGCAAAAGGCCUUGAGCGCAAAAGGUUCACCAGUGUCGACUUAGUCAAAGCAAGUUAUAUUGGCGCCCCUGGACGGAUUUUGCAAUUAGUGCUCAUCGCAUUUAAUAGGCUUAUAUCAAUCCUGACGCCUUGGUCAUUGCAUCUAUGCUUGAUAACGAACGCUCCAGGAGCAGCAUUCGCGGGUAAGUAUUCUCAGAUCAGUUCGUGGGCCUAUGCUGAUUUUCGCAGUCCCCUACACGGAAUUCCUAUCUUGAUCAAAGAUACAAUUGCAACAUGCGAUGGCAUGAAUACCACAGCUGGGUCCUACGCACUUGCUGGAGCUAAAGUACCCACAGAUUCGACGGUGGUCACAAAGCUCCGAGAAGCAGGAGCCAUCGUUCUGGGGAAAACAAAUCCCAGCGAAUGGGGCAACUUCAGAGUCUCGCUCAACUCCAGCAACGGCUGGUCAGGUUAUGGCGGACAGACUUAUGGGCCAUUUUAUCCUCACCAAGAUCCGUCAGGUAGCUCAAGUGGAAGUGCGGUAGCGGCUUCGCUAGGGCUAGCAACGGUUUGUUUGGGUGGAGAAACUGAUGGCUCCAUCAUAGAUCCUGCUAGCUUCAACAACAUUGUUGGAAUGAAGCCAACUGUGGGACUUGUAUCACGCCAUUUGGUAGUCCCUCUCAGCGAACGUAUGGAUACCAUUGGACCGAUGACGAAGACCGUGAAGGAUUCCGCAUAUGUUCUGGAGAGUAUCGCUGGGACUGAUCCGUUUGACAACUACACAUCUGCUCUUCCGAGUGAGGCCGACCUCAAUUUCAUCGACGCUUGCAAACUUUCCAGCCUUUCCGGCGCACGCCUGGGUGUACCUCGCAAUGUGAUUUCACUCAAGGCAAAUGGCAACACCGGACCAACGAUCAAGGCCUUCAAUGAAUCGCUGGAUGUUCUACGCUCAGCUGGUGCCCACAUUAUCGAGGCGACCGACUUUCCGGCUGCGGAAGACUUCCUUAACGACUCAUUACUGAGUGCUGAGAUCAUGGGAGCCGAUUUUGUGGUUGACUUGGAGAAAUAUCUCAGCCAGUUAGUUUACAAUCCGAACAAUAUUACCAGCUUGGUUGAUCUGCGCAGAUGGACCCAAUCAAGCCCGAGAGAGGGGUAUCCGGACAAAGGGACAUCGCUCUGGGAUGCAGCUUUACAAAAUUGGAACAACACAGAGUAUGGCUUUUGGCGUGCUUACCAACGAGGUCUGUAUUACGGCGAUGAAGGGGGGCUGUUAGGGACAAUCAGGCGGCAUCGACUGGAUGCUGUUGUCCUUCCGUCCCAGUUUUCAUGGGAAUGGGCUGCGGUCGUUGGUGCGCCUAUUGUGUCCGUCCCGAUGGGAGCCAUGCCACCUGGCCAACCUAUCGUGUCAGACGACGACGGAUUAAUAUCUUCAGCUCCUAAUAUCCCGUUUGGCUUCAGCUUCAUGGGAGCAAGGUUCACCGACGCCAAAAUCAUUGGAUUGGCGUAUGCUUUCGAGCAGCGAACGGGGAUCCGGAAACGGAUAAUUCCAUGUGUUGCCCCACAGACAGAUCUGCGGGACGUGGUCCACAGCCAAUGUGAUCCACCACAGAACCAGGACGGACUGUAG